UUAAUGGCAUUAAAGUUAGUACGUCCUUAUAUUAUAAAUGUUAAUAUUUUAUAUACAGUUCUUUAACUGAUAAAAAACCAAAAUUAAGAAAUAAGAUUAUCAUCAUGUCAACAAGACUAGCUUUUUCGGGAUAUAAACAAAUGCGAUGGUUCUCAACAAAACAAAGAAUGAAAGUUAUAGAUGCUGUGAAUGAAUUAAUUUCAAAUGAUAGACUUAAACAUAAACAACAUCCAGGUAUAUUAAAACCUAGACAAGUAGAGCAACCAAGUUGGCUUGCAGAUGCAGUUCGAGACAUUCUAUAUGAUAGAACCAUUUCAUUACAAGGCAUAUGUGCAAGCAGUCAAAAAUUAGCAGCGCAUCUAUAUAAUCGACAGCCUCCACCAGAAAAGAAAGAUGUUCGUUUGAAAAUGAAAGAAGUUCAGUCAAGACUUAACCAACAUGAAAUGCAAGAUUUAAAUAACGAUGAUAAAUUUGAAAACCCAGAAGCUAAAAGGCUUCUUAAAACUAUUCUUUAUAAUUGGGCGCCAAUUCAUUAUGAUACCUACACAAGCUUAUCAUAUUUAGUUAAUAGAAGUAUGCCUGAAUAUUCUGUUUUGUAUAAAAUUUUCAACGAAAUUGUUAAUAACGAUAAAAAUUUCACGCCGAAGACAUUAUUUGAUUUUGGUUCGGGUACUGGAACAGUUAUGUGGGCAGCCUCAAAAUUCUGGGUUAAUUCUAUUAAGGAGUAUUAUUGUGUUGAUAUUUCUAAAGAUAUGCAUGAAUUAUCUGAAUACCUUAUGAAAAGAGCUAUACCACAAGUUAAACCAAUGCAUAUUUUCUAUCGACAAUUUUUUCCUGCGUCUCCAAUUCCAACUUACGAUAUUGUAGUGAGUGCUUACUCUUUAUUGGAAUUACCACAUCAAAUGUCUCGUCUUGAAACAAUUUCAAAAUUAUGGCGUAAAACAGAACAAUAUUUGAUUAUUAUAGAACAAGGAACGAAUGUUGGAUUCAGACUAGUUAACGAAGCACGAGAAUUUAUACUGAAUUCUAAAAAAGCCCAUGGUGCUCAUGUAUUUUCACCUUGCCCUCACGAUACAGUGUGUCCUAGAUAUACGACGGAUGACACUCCUUGUAAUUUUGAAAUUACUUAUCCAACAUUACCUAUUGGUGGAACCUCGAUGUAUAAACGUGAACGUUACUCGUAUGUGGUACUCAAAAAAGGUAACCGUCCCGAAAAUGAUUGUAAAUGGCCUCGAAUUGUCAGAGAAGUAUUGAAACGUUCCAAACAUGUUAUAUGCCGUAUGUGUACAUCUUCGGGAAAAUUAGAAGAACAAAUUUUUACCACAUGGAAAAAUGGAAAAAAUACAUAUCGUUGUGCAAGGAGUAGCGAAUGGGGUGAUCGUCUACCUUUCGAAUUCGUAGAAGUAGAGGAAGAAGAAAAGGUAGAGGAAGAAGAAAAAGUAAAGGAAGAAGAAAAAGUAGAGCAAGAAGAAGGAAUAGAAAAAGAGAAAGAACAUAUAUAAAAUAAUUUAUGUGUAAUUUAGUCACUGCACAAUAAAAAAUAUUUUAUUAUA